AUGGAGGCGCCAUCAACAUCUACGACAGACCUUCAGGAUGCUAAGACCGGACCAUGUACCAUUGAUGGCACGACUACUUCAACGUCCCGCACUUUGCUUGUUGGAGAGGUACAGUGCAAAGAGACACAUGCAAAUGCUGAUAUGCUGCAAUGUCUCGGAGAAGACCCAACCCGUGAAGGCCUCGCCAAAACCCCCGAAAGAUAUGCCAGGGCAAUUUUAUUCUUUACCAAGGGCUACACUGAGAAUCCCAAGGAUAUUGUUGGCAAUGCUAUCUUCACAGUCGAUAGCCGGGAGCUUGUGCUGGUCAAAGAUAUAGAGAUAUCUAGUCUCUGCGAGCAUCAUCUGAUGCCAUUUGUCGGAAAGAUCCACAUAGGUUAUAUUCCCGAUGGCCGUGUGCUUGGUCUCUCUAAGCUCGCUCGCUUGGCAGAAAGUUUUGCUCGGCGCUUACAACUCCAAGAGAGGCUCACGCAACAGAUUGCCAAUGCCAUUCAGCAGAUUCUUGAGCCUCAGGGGGUUGGUGUGAUCAUGGAAGCAAGCCACAUGUGCAUGGUCACACGAGGCACUCAAAAAUUCGCCGCCAUGACGACAACCUGCUGUAUGACCGGCGUAUUGCAGCGUGACGGCAGGGCCAGGGAUCACUUCUACUUCCUUCUCAAUCGGCGAUAA